CGUCGUGACCGAACUCCGGAUAGAACAUGGAACGUGACGCGCAUGCCCUUGUCUGCGCUUUGCUUUCUCUCCAGUCCUCUCGGCCAUCAACAUCAGUGCGCUCCUCUGACUGCUAUGGCUGUGGUGUCUGCGACAUCUAAUGGUUCGGUUGAAAACACUGGGGAGAGAGUUGGCAAAAGGGGAUGGCUGUUAAAACGCUCUCAUUUCACACAUCGCUGGAAGCGCGCUUGGUUUGAACUUCAAGACAAUAUACUUGUAUACGGUGAUGAUGAAAAGAGAGCCUGUAAACAAAUCAACCUGCUGGGUGCGGAGAUGGUGCUGUUGAAGGGAGAGGCCUCAUCGUCGUGCUGUGGCUGGACAGUCACACCGUCAGCCGAUGGCAGCCGUCACCGCCAUCAGCACCGCACCUACUUCCUGCGGGCCAGCACGGCGGAGGAGCAGCAGCAGUGGAUGGAGGCCAUCUGCGAGGCACGAAUGAGGGCCGGGGAGCAGAUGCCACACGCCUGCGUACUGCAGUAAUGGGGCUGAAGGCUGGCGAACACACUCCACACUCCACACGCCUGCGUACUGCAGUAACGGGGUUGAAGGCCGGGGAACACACUCCACACUCCACACGCCAUGUCUACUGCAAUAACGGGGUUGAAGGCCGGGGAACACACUCCACACUCCACACUCCAUACGCCAUGUAUACUGCAGUAACGGGACUACGCAAAUGGGGAACAAGCAGAACACAUCUGUGUGGCGCAAUGAUGGGACUGCGCAAACAGGGCAGACAUGCAUGACUG